AUGAAUUUAAAACUAUUCAAAUUAACUUUGCAUUAUAGAAGUACUAAUAGUGCAAUUAAUCCACUUGAUCCAAAUUUAUAUCCUUACACACAACAGUCUUAUAAUACAAAUACACAAGUGAUGCAACAUUUACAAAGUUCAUUUGCACUAAAAACUCUCAAUUCUAAUGAAAUAUUCACUAAUGAGAAAUCCAAUACUGACAAAAAUAGUAACAAACGAAAAUAUAUAUGCAAAGUCUGUAGAGAACCUGGUCAUAAUGCUAGAAAAUGCACAAAGCAGCAUCAAUAA